GCCGUUGUCUCUCGCGUGAUGCCACUUGAAUCUGCAAUCGUCAGUGAGAAGCAGGUUGCAUAGCAUCAUUUGCUACUCUUAGACUCUUCUUGGACCCACGAAAAGCUUAUGCAGAAACCUUUGCUGUCUGGCUCUCUGACCAAAUGCCACCUCCAGAAACCUAAAGCUGAUGUAUCCGUUCUUAACGAGCAGAAUCCGCCCUUUGAUGCUGUGAGAGGAUCGAUGUAUACCCGUUAAUAUGGGAAAGCUUCGUCGAUGCCCGGGUAUCGUAUGCACCUAGGUUUCAUCCGAGCAUCAUUCUAGCACUCAUUCAAACUGAACGGUGUUUUCACAUUCUUCUGUUGUAGUUCUCUCAUUACUCGGCACAACAUCGCUUAGACUUGCUGCUUUCUUUGUAUUAGCUUUUAGCUUCCUUGCCCUUCGUCUUGGUUCCUUAAAUUCCUCUACUUGUAAAUUAGUGUACCCUUACGUCAUCUGCCGCAUUUUUCACGUUGUUGGUGCUCACUCCUCGUCAACUUAGGGCAUUGUAAUCCUGUUUCAACGGAAGGUGCGUUGUCAGGGUUGCGCUUGGAUUUUUUGGGCUUUCUGCUGAACAGUUUUUGUAUUGGAGCCGUAGAUGACUGGCGAAAAGUUCGAUGUUUGUAGGUUUUGGUCGUCUAUUAUCUAGUACAUUGAAUUGGUGGAAGUAAAUUGUCGACGGCCGUUUACAUUACGCCUGCGGCCUGUCCAACUCUCGAGUGUAACUGUGAAGAUUAUUGGCUAGGUUUAGGGUUUAGGUUUCGGGUGAUCGAAUUUGGGCACGGAAUUGGACCGUUUCGCGACUACUGCUAAGAUUUUUGGCAAUAGGCAGUAGAGUUCUGGAAGGGGAAUAUGGCAGGCGCCGCGCAAGUGCCGACAAGCUUCGGUCGCGAAUUGCGCGUUUGUUUGCGGUGCUCUCUCAUGAAAACCUACGAUCAGUUUAAGGAAAAUGGCUGCGAGAAUUGUUUGUUCUUCAACAUGGAUAAGGAUCACGAUCGUGUCUUGGAGUGCACAACUCCCAACUUUGCAGGGGUAAUCUCAUGCAUGGAUCCGACAAGUAGCUGGGCAUCUCGAUGGCUGCGAAUAAGUAAAUUUGUUCCUGGUUGCUAUGCGCUCACUGUCACUGGUGAACUAUCUGAAGAAAUGCAGGCUAUUUGCGAUGAUAAUAACAUUCGGUAUGUGCCACGGUCUUAGGGCCACUAUAUAAUCUAUACGAGUUUUGGGAGUGUUUUAAUACCUUCCUCCUAAUCAUCAAUUGCAAGAGUUCUUGAUGCAAAGGUAGAGAUGAUGUUGCUACGAUGGAUCUACUGAAAAAGUCAACAAUGUGCCGAUUGGCUUUACACAAACAGUAAUUGUACAUUGAUACCAUGUUAAAAUAUGGUGCCCGUUCAGUCAAGAGACUGUUGCAUUCAGAACAGAA